UAAAAAUGGCAGCUUUGCCGAGCUGGUUCUCAUCUCUUCCGACGCAACCAUCGAAGCACGCCUUCUGCAGUUGCCCUAGAGCAAUUUCAUCAAGAGAUUUUUCGACUACUCAGAAAGACUGUUCCAUAAAAAGAACAAUUUUGGUUGGAUUGGGCGCACUCUCCACUAAUUUACUCCUAGCAAGAUUUGCUCUUGCUAAAGAAGCACCGAACAAGUAUAAACCUUUGGAUCUUACUGAUGGAUAUUCGUAUGUCUACCCCUCAGAUUGGAGAGACUUCGACUUUCGGGGGCAUGAUUCAACAUUCAAAGAUCGCAUAGCAGCACUGCAGCAUGUGAGGGUUGGAUUUAUUCCAACUACUAAGAAUGAUAUUCGUGAUUUGGGUCCAAUGGAAGAGGUUAUAUUUGAUUUAGUCAAAAAUGUAUAUGUUGCGCCUACGCAGAAACCAACCAUAUUUGACAUGCAGGAGCGCACUAUUGAUGGGAAAAAUUACUGGACCUUUGAGUAUGAACUUGAAUCUUCGGGCUUCGCUCGUACCGCUUUUGUAACCAUAGCCAUUGGUAAUGGACGCUAUUACACAUUGGUUGUUGGAGCAAAUCAAAGGAGAUGGAGCAGGUUAAGAGAUCUACUCAAGGUGGUGGCAGACUCUUUCAAAAUUCUUGACAUAAAGCCAACUGCAGUCUGA